AUGGCCUUUGUCGAAAGAUUUAUGGGAAGCAUGGAGCAUCCAAUGGCUGGCCACCAUGAGCCUCCUUUGCCAGAUCACCCUCGCCAUCCUUGGAGCCGGCGGAGGUACAAGACCUCAAUCAUCAUCAGAUACGUCAUCCCCACCGCCUACCUGCUCUCCUCUUACUUCGCAACCAUUGCCCUUGGCAAGCUCACUGUUGUCCAGAUUGACAAUCCUGAUCGACCCGAUCACAUUACUGAGCUCAAGGGGUUGCUGGCACCGUUGCUUUUGAUGCUGCUUGGUAACCCAGACUCCAUAGUUGCAUAUUCGGUCGAGGACAACCGGCUCAGUGUCCGACAGAUGCCGAAUGUAUUCAUCAGGGUCAUUUUCGUUGUCUGGAUCCUGAUUCGCUGCUGGGACAGCUCAUCCCCCAUCCCAUUGUUGUACUUCCCCUUGUCUGUUGCUGGGAUCAUUCAAUCAGCAGUGACAGUUUGGGCCCUCAUGAAUGCGUACUGGAAGAGAUCGAGCAUAUCAGCCUACGAUAUCUUCGAGGAAACUGUCCCCACGCAGUCGAUGGAGCAGAAGAUCAUCUUGAAGGCGUACGAUCGGUUCAAUUGCUUGAAGCCCCACAUUGGAAACUGGCUCUACCACCCGGAAUCACUAGAGGAAUUUCGGUUAACUGUAGAGCGUGAUUUAGCCUUCAUCACAACUGAGGUCGAGCUUGGAUUCAUGUAUGACAUACUUUACACCAAGCACCCGAUUCUCUAUAAACGGCUCGGUCUUUUCUGCCGCUUCUUUAGCUUUACCUGUCUAGUUUCAGCCUUGUGUGGAUUCGCCACUCUUUUCAAGAGUGUCUUCUUGAUAGACAAGUACAUCACCUACACUUACGCCUUGUUGAUAGGAGUCACUGCCCUGGAAGGUUACCAAAUUGUUCUGCAACCUUUUUCGGCAUGGGCCAUUGUGGAGAUGAACCGUCACCAAAGAAAUCGGCCCAUGUUGACGAGGACGUUGAACUUCUUAGCUGAAAGUUAUAUGAAGCGGAAAAGGUGGUCAAACUCAGUCGGGCAACUCGACUUGUUGGAUCAUCGCCUGUACGACGAGUGGCCAUGGUCCAUUGGAAGAAUCCACAAAUGCUUGCGCACCUUGAGAAGGUAUUGGAUUCACUCUCAACGGAAAAUUCCCGUCUCGCUCAAGGAAUUGCUGGUGGAAAAUAUUGUAAACUUCAACGCAAUCAGACACCAAAAGCCCUUCACGGAACGCGGCAAAUGGACGCUUGAAGCUCACAAACUCAUUGGCGAUAUGGACUGGGGUAAAAACAUUGGGACAAGAUUUGACAAAAGCAUCAUCAUUUGGCAUAUAGCAACGAAAACCUGCCUUCUUUCAGAGCCCAAUGAUUCUCCAAAUCGUAAAGAGAGCCAACUGCUAUCCAAUUACAUGAUAUACCUUCUAGCAUUGCGACCCUACAUGUUUUCCCUUACGACUACUGACAUCACAUUAGAGUAUGCUUGCGCCAUAUUGAAGCCGUUUAUCAGGUACAGAGACCCAAAUGACGCCUUGGGGACAUUGUUGUCAGAAGAGAAGAUGCUUGAACCCUCCCCGGAUCAGAUGGGAACCAUAAUCACCAGGAACUGGCACGUGCUGUCGGAUGUGCAGGAAUUGGUUGCUACACUAAAGUGCAAGAACAACAAGUGGCAGAUCAUAAGCAGCAUUUGGGUGGAGAUGUUGUGCUAUGCUGCGUAUAAUUGUGAAGUUCAGUAUCACACGAAAGAGUUGCAGCGAGGUGGAGAGCUUAUAACUCAUGUAUGGCUACUCUUGAUGCACCAUACAGAUAAGCACACCCAUCCUCCCAAGACCAAGCCCACCAGAGAAACCGAAGGCAAGUUGCAACGUGAGUUAUGA